UGCCAUGCCAGGGACACAGCUAGGCUUGGACUUUUAGGGGUGAAUCAGACCAAAAUACUUCAUGUUUCAUCAUCCCUGUCGAUGCUGUUUCCUAACUCCAUCCAGCUUCAUAGAAAAUUUUGAGACCUAAGCUUUCUCUGCAUGUGGGUUUGAGGAUUUUUAUGACUAAUUGAGGUUCACCUAUGAAUGGAUUCAUUCAAAAGGGGUUUUCUUAAAACAAAAGACGUUGCUCUAGACCUCCUCCUAUACAAUCAGAGAUGUGUUCAUAUCAUCUUCUGGAGAAAGAUCUGGCAAACAAAUCAUAUGUUUACUUUGCGAUACUCCAGAGCGAUUACGGCGGUUGAGUAGUGGCAAAAACCUGAAAAGUAAGGGGAUAUUCAUCAGUUGAGGAGCAGUUGAGUAAGCUGUGGUUUGUGAAUUUGAUGGACUCCUCUAGCGCUAUAAGAAAUGAAGAGAUGUAUGAUUUCAAAAAGAAGUGGAAAAAGAAAUGCGAACUUAGUGUGUUACACAACUCCGCGGAACUUCGUUCCCUCCCCAGUGUCAGCCAUUCCCGCUGCUGUCAUUGAUUCCUCGGACUCAUUCGCCCGCAGUCCCCUUUGCUCCGGUGCCUGAUCUCCUUAACUAAGACCCAGGCCAAUCGGCUAUGCCUCUCUCCCUCGCUCCCUUCCCACUCCUGCCGGUGAGGCGGCUACAUUGGACAUGAGCGGGGAUCAGCUACACUACCCCUCCCUGAUCCAUGCGGGUUCCCAAGUGAAUGAUUAUCACAAACGCAAAGAUGAAUCCAAGCAUCAAGAAUACCGGCCGAAAGAGAACAAGACGUACGAGGAAAAAGAUCAGGAAAAGUCUAAAUGCAGUAAAAGUGGGCGCAAAGAUUCCUCUGAGAAGAAACACAGAGAAAAGCAGAAAACCGGACACAAAGCAGCUCAGAGAAAUACACAGACAAACACAAAGAAAAACAAAAAGAAGAAAAAGGAAAAACCAUCUGGAGAUGAAAAAAUAAAGGAGAAAGAAAAUGAUUUCUUUCUUGAUGGUGGUUAUUUUGCUUCACCUAAAAAAGAUAUCAAGCCUUUAAAGAGACCUAGAGAGUAUGAUGAUGCUGAUUAUAAACCCAAGAAAAUAAAAACAGAAGACAUCAAGAAAGUAAAGAAGCAGAAAGCAGAGGAAGGUGAGAACAACAAAGCAAAAAAAAUUGAGAACAAAGAUAAGAAAUUUCCUGAACCAGAUAAUAAGUGGAAGAAGCUGAACGAAGAAGAGCAGCAAAAAUGGAAAUGGUGGAAAGAAAAGCGCUAUCCUGAAGGCAUCAAGUGGAAAUUCCUAGAACAUAGAGGCCCUGUGUUUGCACCACCUUACCAGCCUCUGCCUAAAAAAGUCAAGCUCUACUACAAUGGUAAAGUCAUGAAGCUGAGUCCCAAAGCAGAAGAAGCGGCUACGUUCUUUGCAAAAAUGCUUAACCAUGAACACGCUACUAAGGAUAUCUUUAGGGAAAAUUUCUUCAAUGACUGGAGAAAGGAAAUGACAAGUGAAGAGAGAAAUAAUAUCACCAGUCUUAGCAAAUGUGACUUCAACCAGACAAGUCAGUAUUUCAAAGCACAGUCAGAAGCAAGGAAGCAAAUGAACAAAGAAGAGAAACUGAAAAUCAAAGAGGCAAAUAAAAGGCUAUUAAAAGAGUAUGGUUUCUGUGUGAUGGACAGUCACAAUGAGAGAAUUGCCAACUUCAAGAUUGAACCUCCAGGUCUUUUCCAUGGCCGUGGCAACCAUCCCAAGAUGGGAAUGUUGAAAAGACGGAUUAUGCCUGAAGAUAUAAUUAUCAACUGUAGCAAAGAUGCCAAGGUUCCUCCUCCUCCCCCUGGACAUAAAUGGAAAGAAGUUAGACAUGAUAACAAGGUUACCUGGCUAGUGUCCUGGACAGAGAAUAUCCAAGGAUCCUCCAAGUACAUUAUGCUGAACCCUAGCUCACGAAUCAAGGGGGAGAAGGACUGGCAGAAGUAUGAGACAGCCCGCAGAUUGAAAAAUUGUGUAGACAAGAUCCGGAAACAAUACCAAGAAGAUUGGAAGUCCGGAAGACAGAGGGCUGUAGCACUAUACUUCAUUGACAAGCUUGCGCUGAGAUCUGGAAAUGAGAAGGAAGAAGGGGAGACAGCUGAUACUGUGGGCUGCUGUUCCCUUAGAAUAGAGCACAUUAACUUGCAUCCUGAGAUGGAUGGACAAGAAUAUGUAGUUGAGUUUGAUUUCCUGGGGAAGGAUUCCAUCCGAUACUACAACAAGGUCCCUGUUGAGAAGAUGGUUUUUGAGAACCUUCAGCUAUUUAUGGAGAACAAGCAGCCUGAGGAUAAUCUGUUUGACAGACUUACUACAAAUGCCCUCAACAAACACCUUCGAGAUCUCAUGGAGGGCUUGACAGCCAAAGUCUUCCGUACGUACAAUGCCUCUGUCACACUACAGCAGCAGCUAAAGGAGUUCACUACCCUGGAUGAAAACAUCGAAGCAAAGAUCCUUUCUUAUAACUGCGCCAACAGAGCUGUAGCAAUUCUGUGUAACCAUCAGAGGACUCCACCAAAGACUUUUGAGAAAUCCAUGCUGAACCUGCAGACUAAGAUUAAAGCCAAAAAGGACCAGCUAGCUGAUGCCCAAAGAGAUCUGAAAAGGGCCAAAGCUAAGGCUAAAGUCCUAAAGGACGUCAGUUCUAAAAAGGUGGUAGAGACUAAGAGGCAGGCUGUGCACAGGCUGAAGGAGCAGUUGAUGAAACUGAAGGUUCAGGCCACAGACAGAGAGAAGAACAAACAGAUUGACUUGGGCACCUCCAAACUCAACUAUUUAGAUCCCAGGAUCUCAGUUGCUUGGUGUAAGAAGUGGGGGAUCCCGCUUGAGAAAAUCUAUAACAAAACCCAGCGUGAGAAGUUUGCCUGGGCCAUUGAUAUGGCAAAUAAAGACUAUGAAUUUUAGCUGUUUUUACAGGGUAAAGUUUUAUGGGGUGGAAACAGGUUUGAGGAAUAAUAAGGAACUGUGAACCUUACUUGCCCUUGUACUUGGGGACAUUUGGGGAGAGGGACAGCAAGUGAGUAAGGAAGCAUUAACAAGCCAACAUCUUUGAGAAGAGAAAAACUUGGAAAUACUCUGAGAG